CGAUUUUAUUGGUAAAAUAAAAAGAAUACGAAUUUAAGUCGUCUACAGACUCUUCAAAUCUAUUCUAAUUGUAAUCGUCUCUCAACGCUAAUUCUCUCUAAGGUCUUAUUGAAACUUUGGCAUUUGAUCUGAACCCAUGGAACCAUCUCUCACCUCUCUGACGUAUAAGGGUUCCAUACCUGAAGCAAUCACUGAAGCAAAGAAGCAGAGGAAGCUCUUUGUUGUGUAUAUUUCAGGUAAAAAUGAUGAGUCUAGUCGCUUGGAAAAUUCUACAUGGACUGAUGUAAAUGUAGCGGACUCGGUAGCAAAGUACUGUCUUUUAUUGCAUAUCCCUGAAGAAAGCACUGAUGCUGCAAAUUUUUCUGCAAUAUACCCACAGAAAUCUAUACCUUGUAUUACAGCUAUUGGAUACAAUGGUGUACAAAUUUGGCAAAAUGAGGGCUUUGUCAGUGCUGAAGUUCUGGCGUCCAGUUUAGAGAAGGCGUGGUUGGGUAUUCAUAUCCAGGAAACAACUGCAACUGUGUUGAGUGCAGCUCUUGCUUCAAAUAACUCUGAACCAUCUACUUCUGGGGUUCCUAAUACUGUCUCAACUGAUGAAGGAAGUUCCUCAAGUACUAAUCAAGGACGUUCCUCAAGUGCAGCUGUUCCAUUGCCUUCAAUAGACACAAAUGAUCAAUCACCAGACGCUAUAGAUGCUGUCUCUGACACAGUGAAGAAAAAUAAAGGUCGUGAUUGCAGAGUUGAGGAGAAAAAUAACGAUUUAGGAUACAAGACAUCUUCGAAAUCAUUUGAUGCUAAUGGGUUAGAAUGUGUCGGGGAUGAACAGUCCAGCUCUCCCAUGAAAUCUGCCCAAGGAGUACAGGAUAUUGAUAUGGAGGACCUGAAUAAUUCUGGAGCUGAUAAUGUUUCUUCCAUUGCUGAAGUUGGUUAUAGUGGCCCCGAAAAGACCACUCUUAAUCAUUCAGGUGUCUCAGGAGAAGCUUCACAAGCAUAUAGUAGUGAAAAAAAUGAAGCUCUGCAAGUUGAAAGGGGUGAAGUUAAGGAUGAUAAGAAGGUUGAUGCAUUUGAGAAGUGUACGGAGGUCAGCAAAUCUAGUGAUGUUCACUUGAAUAUCCGAUUGCCCAAUGGUGUCAGCCUGAAACAGAAGUUUUCUGUGACAAGUACUGUGAGAAUGGUCAAAGACUAUGUUGAUGAAAACCAAGGAAGUGGUAUUGGCACUUAUGAUCUAGCCAUCCCCUAUCCUCGCAAGGUAUUCUCUAAUCAAGAAUUGAAUGAAUCGUUAUCAGAUUUGGGCCUGUUUGAUAGACAAGCAUUGAUAGUUGUUCCACAUCAGCAAGGGACUAGUUAUCAGCGCGGGAGAUCUGCAUUCUCAGAGCAAAUAGACUCCAGAAAUACUGGUAGUUCCUCAAAUGGAAGUAAUGGGGGAUAUUUUUCGUAUGUGAAAGGAUUUCUAUCUUACUUCAAUCCUCUCUCUUAUUUUGGUGGUGGUGCAAACUCAUCAAGUUCAGGGCAGCAAUCCCAAAAUGGCAUGUGGGAAUAUAGCCCAAAUUCUGCACGUCAAAACAAUUCCACUGAAAGCAUUUCUACAAGUAGUAGAAAUGAAGGGAAAAAAAACAGGCAACCACCAGCAUCUGGUUUUGGAAGUAACAUUCACACAUUGAAACAUGAUGAAGAUGAUGAACGGUUCAGCGAUAGAAAUGCCUUCUGGAAUGGUAAUUCUACUCAGUAUGGUGGUGGCAAUGAUGAUGGCAAAUAAGAUAUUCAUGAUAAAUCAUGCUGAGCUUUUAGACUCUACUCUGUCCUUUGCCGCUGCUCACUUGUCUUGCUUUCUGCUUCUUACCAUAUAUUCGAGUUCGGUUGAAAAAUAGAGAAUUGUAGAUAAUAAAUACAAGUUAUCGAGUCUGUUCUGGUGAGUUUUUUUUUUUCCUUAACGUUGAGUUGUUACUAUUUAUAUAGGAAGAGUUGUAGGAAUGAAAAAUCCCAUGAAAUAGUUUGAACUUACAAUUCGAGUUUCAUGUUUGUAAAUGAGUACUUUUUCUCAACGUUACGGCUCACAGUUCCAUUGACUUUA